AAAAAUACUUAAAGCUGAUGCAAUGCAACGAAAUGUUGAUAUGAAAGUUUCUUUUCAGUCCGUAAUUUGUGAACUUGGAGUAUUUACUACAAUCCUUCAAAUUCAAGGCACAAGUCGAGGUUAAGGGAAUAGACGAGGAGCAGAGUUUUCAAGAUGUUUUACAAGGUAGCUUCAUCUAGACUCCAGUCAACAUCUUUUCUUAUCGGUAAAUUUGGUAAACUGGCAUGUAAACACAGAUCGAAGACAAAGUUUAUGGCAGCACAAUACAGAAAUAUCUCAACCUCAGCCAUUCAGAAACAGCAUGCUCUUCAUCGAAAUGAUCUGGUAAACGCAGAAAGAAUCGUAGUGAAGUUAGGUAGUGCUGUUAUAACAAGGGAAGAUGAAUGUGGUAUUGCGUUAGGUCGACUAGCUUCAAUUGUUGAACAGGUUUCGCAAUUGCAGAACCAAGGAAAAGAUGUGCUCAUGGUAACUAGUGGAGCUGUUGCGUUUGGUAAACAGAAAUUACACCAAGAAAUUAUUAUGUCCAGAAGUAUGAGACAGACUAUCUCAAGACGUGACUCUUCGAAUCACCCUUUAUUAGAACCAAGAGCUUGUGCUGCUGCUGGACAGAGUGGUUUGAUGUCGCUAUAUGAAGCUAUGUUUUUACAGUAUGGUAUCCGAACAGCCCAGGUUCUAUUAACUAAACCUGAUUUUGAUGAUGCAUAUACAUGUAAGAAUUUACAAAGUACAUUAAACGAGCUGCUUAAAUUGAAUAUUAUUCCAAUAUUAAAUGCUAAUGAUGCCAUUGCACCUCCACCAGAAACUGACAGAGACUUAGCUGGGAUUAUUAGUGUUAAAGAUAAUGAUAGUUUAGCAGCCAGAUUAUCAGUUGAAACUAAAGCUGAUCUGUUGAUUAUAAUGUCUGAUGUUAAUGGUUUAUAUAACACUCCUCCCGGUACACCUGGUUCCAGAUUACUACAUACAUUCUGUCCAUCAAAUGAGAGUAGUCAGAUUGUUUUUGGUGAAAAAUCUCGAGUUGGUCUUGGAGGAAUGGAAUCAAAAGUAACAGCAGCAAAUUGGGCAUUAAAACAUGGUGUAUCUUGUGUUAUAUGCAAUGGAUGUGAAGAUAAUGCCAUCAUCAAUAUUGCUGGAGGGAAAAAAGUCGGAACAUUUUUUACAUCUCAACCUUCCACAGGGACUCCUGUUGAACUACAAGCUAUUCAAGCUCGGGAAGGCAGUCGGCUCCUUCAAGCCUUAUCUGGAGAGAAAAGAGCCGCCAUGGUUCACAGAUUAGCUGAUCUUUUAUUAGAAAGAAAAAAGGAAAUUUUAGCCGCAAAUCAACAAGAUAUACAGUUAGCAGCCAAAUCAGGAUUGUCUGGACCUUUGGCAUCCCGCUUAUAUUUGAAUGACAAGAAGUUGACGACAUUAUCCGAUGGUUUACGUCAAAUAGCUGACGAAGCUUUGCAUGCAGUAGGAAGAGUUCUACAGAAAACCAGAAUAUCUCAUGGAAUGGAAUUACAACAAAUAACCGUGCCAAUUGGGGUAUUGAUGGUGAUAUUUGAAUCCAGACCCGAUGCUCUGCCCCAGGUGGCAGCUUUAGCAAUAUGUAGUGGUAAUGGUUUACUAUUGAAAGGGGGCAAAGAAGCCUCUCACACUAAUAAGAUAUUACAUGAAUUAGUUGAAGAAGCCUUAUUGCUGUUUGUACCUAAAGAAACUAUAUCGUUGGUGAGUCGACGAGAAGAUAUUCAAGAUUUACUUCAUUUAUCAGACUAUAUAGAUUUAAUCAUACCACGAGGUUCCAGUCAAUUGGUACAAAGCAUACAACAUGCUAGUAAAGGGAUUCCUGUCUUAGGGCACAGUGAAGGUGUCUGUCAUGUAUAUAUAGACAAACAUGCUGACAUCGAUAAAGCUCUCAGAAUUGUUUUAGAUUCUAAGUGUGAAUACCCAGCAGCUUGUAAUGCUAUGGAAACGGUUUUGGUACAUAAAAGUCUUGUAUAUACUCCUUUGUUUGAUCAGAUCUGCGAUGUCCUGAAGCAGGAAAAUGUAAAGUUACAUCUAGGUCCUAGAUUAGCUGAAGUAAUGAAGUUUGGACCGGUGAAUGAUACUGAUAUGAAGAAGGAAUAUAGUAGUUUAGAAUGUGCUGUUGAAAUUGUAGAUAAUGUUAAUGAUGCUAUCAAACAUAUUAAUGAUAAUGGUAGUUCUCAUACUGAUACAAUAGUAACUGAAGAUGAUGACAAUGCUGAGAUAUUUAUCAAGAUGGUGGAUAGUGCUUGUGUAUUUCAUAAUUCAAGUACAAGAUUUGCAGAUGGCUAUAGGUUUGGAUUAGGUGCCGAAGUUGGUAUAAGUACAUCAAGAAUUCAUGCUAGAGGUCCCGUUGGAAUAGAAGGUCUCCUAACAACUAAGUGGAUAUUACGUGGUUCCGGACAGAUAGUGCAAGAUUUUGAUGAAGGGGGAUUAGAAUAUAUUCAUGAAAAACUUCCAAUUGACUAUAAAAAUGAUUCACAAAAUGGUGGUAAUUCUGCCGUAUCGCAUAGUUAG